UCCUGCAUGUUCCUAAAUCUUAAACCCUAGAAACCUCUUCUCCUCACCUUUUAUAUUAACCCACAAAGCACCUCCAAUCCAUUUCUUCGUCGAUCCUUCCCUGCUCUCACUAAGUUAAAGCUAUGGCUACGGCAGCUCUGCUCCGUUCAUUUCGACGCCGUGACGUCGCCUCUGCACCCCUCUCCGCCUAUAGAUGCCUUACUAGCAAGGGCAAAACCUCAGGAGGAAUUAAUUGGGCAAGUGUCUCUAGAGCUUUCAGUUCAAAACCUGCUGGAAAUGAUGUCAUUGGUAUUGAUUUGGGGACAACAAACUCAUGUGUUGCUGUCAUGGAGGGAAAGAAUCCAAAAGUUAUUGAGAACUCUGAAGGUGCACGGACCACACCAUCUGUUGUUGCCUUCAACCAAAAGGGAGAGUUGCUAGUUGGCACCCCUGCAAAACGUCAGGCUGUGACCAAUCCAACUAAUACAGUUUUUGGAACCAAACGUCUGAUUGGUAGACGAUAUGAUGAUCCCCAGACACAAAAGGAAAUGGGAAUGGUUCCUUACAAGAUUGUCAAGGCUCCCAACGGAGAUGCAUGGGUUGAAGCAAAUGGGCAGCAAUAUUCUCCUAGCCAAAUUGGGGCGUUUAUUUUGACAAAGAUGAAAGAAACUGCAGAGUCUUACCUUGGAAAGGGUGUUUCUAAAGCGGUUAUCACUGUUCCAGCCUAUUUCAAUGAUGCUCAGAGGCAAGCAACUAAGGAUGCUGGUAGAAUUGCAGGUCUUGAUGUUCAGAGAAUAAUUAAUGAGCCUACUGCUGCUGCACUUUCAUAUGGAAUGAACAACAAGGAGGGUCUCAUUGCAGUCUUUGAUCUUGGUGGUGGGACAUUUGAUAUUUCAAUUUUGGAGAUUUCUAAUGGAGUCUUUGAGGUCAAAGCAACAAAUGGCGAUACUUUCUUGGGAGGAGAGGAUUUUGACAAUGCCUUGCUGGAUUUCUUGGUGAGUGAAUUCAAGAAAACUGAGGGAAUUGAUCUUUCAAAGGAUAGACUUGCACUCCAGAGGCUGCGAGAAGCUGCUGAGAAGGCUAAAAUUGAACUCUCAUCAACAUCACAGACUGAAAUUAAUCUGCCAUUUAUAACAGCUGAUGCUUCUGGUGCAAAACACUUGAAUAUCACACUGACCAGAUCAAAGUUUGAAUCUUUGGUAAAUCAUUUGAUUGAGAGGACUAAGGCUCCUUGUAAGAAUUGUUUAAAGGAUGCUAGCAUCUCUAUAAAGGAUGUUGAUGAGGUUCUUCUUGUUGGAGGGAUGACACGUGUACCUAAAGUACAAGAAGUAGUUUCAGCAAUCUUUGGGAAGAGUCCAAGCAAAGGAGUGAAUCCUGACGAGGCAGUUGCUAUGGGAGCAGCAAUUCAGGGUGGUAUACUUCGUGGAGAUGUUAAAGAGUUGCUUCUCCUUGAUGUCACUCCUCUGUCGCUUGGUAUUGAGACACUAGGUGGUAUAUUCACAAGGCUUAUUAACCGGAACACAACCAUUCCAACAAAGAAGAGUCAGGUGUUCUCUACUGCAGCUGAUAACCAGACUCAAGUUGGUAUCAAGGUACUUCAAGGUGAGCGUGAAAUGGCUUCUGACAACAAGCUUUUGGGUGAGUUUGAAUUGGUGGGCAUCCCCCCUGCACCUAGAGGCAUGCCUCAGAUUGAGGUGACAUUUGACAUCGAUGCCAAUGGUAUUGUCACUGUUUCUGCCAAGGACAAGGCCACUGGGAAAGAACAGCAGAUUACCAUCCGAUCAUCCGGUGGUCUUUCUGAAGAUGAGAUUGAGAAGAUGGUUAAGGAAGCUGAGUUGCAUGCCCAGAAAGACCAACAAAGAAAAUCUCUGAUUGAUAUCAAAAACAAUGCGGACACCACUAUUUAUAGCGUAGAGAAGAGCUUGAAUGAGUACAGGGACAAGAUUCCUAGUGAAAUUGCAAAAGAAAUUGAGGAUGCUGUUUCAGAUUUGAAGAAGGCAAUGGAAGGAGAAAAUGUUGAUGAGAUCAAGGCCAAGAUUGAUGCAGCGAAUAAAGCUGUCUCAAAGAUUGGGGAGCACAUGUCUGGUGGUUCUGGUGGUGCGCAAGGAGGUUCUGCAGGAGGUGCUCAAGGCGGUGACCAGGCCCAAGAGGCAGAAUAUGAGGAGGUGAAAAAGUGAUUCUGUUAGUUGUUUCUUUUGAGCGGCAUUGAGCCACUGCGAAGGGUGAUGAUAUUGGUUUUUUGAUGCAUAUGGGCUUUAGCAGUUUUUUCCUUUUUUUUUUUUGAAUGUAUUAAGCCUAUUAGGAUUUUGAGUCCGCAACACUUUCAACAUAAUAGAUAACUCAAAAUUUUUCUGAAAGAGCAAGAAUAAUUAGGUCUUCUUGACUUGUGAA